AUGGCGCAUCGGCAGGGAAGCAUUUGGCGCCUUUCCAGUUGCUCCCAUCUGAAGUAUCACUUGACCCAGCUGGCCGCCCCAAAAGGAAGAAAAAGAGUUUUCUUCUUUUUCCCCUCGAGUGUUCACACCAAAAGGGAAGGCUCCCAAGUUGUGUUAAAAGAGGAAAAGAAAAAAAAAGAUGAUUGCUCGGUCACCUUCGUGGAGAGCGACAGCAACGGUCACCAGGAUGGCCUCCUAAAUGCGCAGGGAAUACCCAUCGGAAGGUUGCACGUCGACCGGUUCCACAUCGACCGGUUCCACAUCGACCGGGACACCUUCUCCCCCUAUUUGACCAAACGGAAAACCGCCCUCAAGUUCAUUUCGUAUCACGUGAAGGAGUACCAAGAGGGCAUGCUUUACAAGCAGAGUGAUGGGAGUGAAAAGGCAUUUUUGUAUUCCACGAAAAUUAAAAAGACCCAAUACAGCGAUAGGAUAAGUAGCAAUUUGUUUGUAAGAUGUUUUUCCGAUGGGGACGAUAGAGGAAGAGUCUCCAGGAAAAGUCUCUUCGAUAUUCUGUUUCGAAAGUUUAGCCUCCUUUACCUCUUCACCGACACGAGCCACAUCCACGAGGUGAAAAAAUAUCUUGCCGAUUUUUCGCUCCAGAAGGGAGAGCAUGGAAAAGACGAACCGUGCACCAAGCACAUCCAGCCGAUAAGAAUGACUGAGGAAGGCAAUUUUGUACAACUAAGGGACAGACAGCAACCAAUACACCUCCACUACUGCUACGUCUCGCCAUACAGAUACCUCCUCUCAACAUACUUCAGUAAAAGAAUAGCACAGGAUUUAAAAGCCAAUUAUUUUAAUGGAAACAAUUUUUUCUUUAUAAAUGACAGAUUAAGUGUAGAGGCUGAAAACACGCUGCUGCUGCCUGGGAGCAGAACCGUUGGUUCUUUCACCCCCCACGAUACGUUACCGUCUUUACUUCUGGUGGAUGAUUGCUGCUACGUGAGGUAUCACAUAAAGGGGUUGUUCACGAGGGAGGCUUCCCACUACCUCUUCAACGUAAUGAGGGGCAUUUAG